AAAGCUAUUGUUUAUGUUAAUUAGUAUUAAAACAAACAAAACGAAACAACAAUGAAAGAGGUUUGUUUAAAAGUGUUAAAAGCCUUUAAAAGGUGUAUUUGUAUAAAACAUAAUCUGUAUUUCAUCAUUAGUUUGAGGAGUUUUAUUUUGUGUUGUUUUGUGUUAAAAAGCAGUGUUUUCUCUGUGUAUUCUGUGACAGCAUUUAAAGGGUUAACCCAGUGGGGACAUAGUUGAGUGGGACACGAGCCCGGAAAAAGGAAGGAGGAAGAGGUGAGCGACGUGGGGGGUGGCUAACGUGAAGUGUGCGAACGAAAAGGGACAGAGGCAGUCUGUAUUUUCUUGAUAGGCAGCUUUUCAAAACUUGUGUGUUUGGGGCUUCUUAAUGAUUGUUUCCACGACAGUCAGUAGAAGAAGACCAUCGGCACGUUAACGGAAGAAAGGAACCUCCACAAGGCGUUUCGGUACCGUUUAUUGUGCAACAAGUUAGCGCAUGCUAACAGCUCUGCAGGCGUAGUCUAGAGGCUGUUCGCAACAAGUGAGCCGAGUGUGCUAGACUAGUUUAACUUCUCCAGUUAGACCUUGAGUGGGGUAGUCUGUUCGUUUUCAUCCAGAAGACACAUAGAGGACAACCCAGAUAGAGCUAACGACCAAGGCUUCCCGGCUACCGUAGCUUUCUGACAACGAGGGAUGCAAGACUGUGGCUGGACAUAAACAUCAGUGGAUCUGCUGUGUUCCUGCACGUGAGUGACUGACAUCGGAAUAUACAGAGACACGUUUCUUUUAAUUUGCUUUCCAAGGAGUGAAGGGGCCGUAUUGGUUUUGGGCCACAACGAACACUAGCAACGACCAGGCCUGCAACGUAAAGUGUGGGGUUAACAAGGUGUUUAGCUUUGCCGGCUUUAGGGGACAGUGCCUGAGUGUGAGUGUGUGAGUGGUGUGUUGUGGGCCCACAAAUUAGUAUAGGUGUCUAUUAUCUCAAGUAACUGUAAGACCGGUGUUAUUCCAGGUUGUAACUAAGGAUGACAUGUUAUGUUAUAUUUUGGUAAAGACUAUGUUCUUUUUUGACAUUUGAUAUAUUGCACAACUUUUGAAUUAAUUACUAAAUAAUUGAUAAUUAUUUUUCGAAAAGAGGUGUUGUGUGAAUUCAUUUACUUACCUGUCUAUUUCGUUUAGCACUAAGGAUCUGCAUACUUAAACAGUUAAAAGAAAUUCAAAACAGUUAAAACUGAGUUGAUCAGAAUUAGAUUAAUUGAUUUAAAAGAACCCAAAAGCCUCUCCUCAGUCACAUGACUACGAGGGGACGCUACAUAAAAUGGAGGCACCGCUGGGAUUGUUUUGGAUUUCAAAAUAAAACGUACUUAGGAAAAACAUUGAGAUAAAAUAACAGUUUAAGUAUUAAGUUAAACACCAAGCAGUGUUAAUAUGGAUUUGUUAUUACCAGAACUAGUGUCAGAGCUAAAGCGCUGGUGUCGUGGUGAGGGUUUAAGCGUGACUCAUGCCCUGAUGACCAUUGUCCCAGAAGAAGUGGAGAUGAGCAAAGUUGAAGAAACCCUGGAAACAAUCAAGAGUCUGGGACGAGUGAGGGUCAGAGGAAAGAAUUUCAGUGCAAGGCUGGAUAGCCGUAUGGUCUUGUGUGAGACCAGGGAGACAGUCAAGGAUCCGAGUGUCCCUCCUGAAGUUGUGCCUAUUGAUGGUGGAGAGGCGUGGCCUAUAAUCAUCGUAGGGGAAGUACAGGCAGCUGCUGAAGAGUUUAAUGACAAACUGAAAGGGCUGUUAGUGGCAGAAGGAAAGACUAUGGAGGACCUUAAGUCACUGUUUCACCGCUCAGAACCAUCCACAAGCUCCACUGAAUCAAUACUACGUGCCGUAGGUGAUUUGUUGGACAAGACCACAAACCCCUCUGAUGGUGGACACCACGUUCGUCUACGCAUGUUCUCAGGAGCCUUACCUACUCCAACAGGUGAAGAACCCUUCGACCAUUGGUUAGAACAAGCAUGUAUUAUGGUAGAGGAAACUGACUGUUCAGACAAAGAGAAAAGAAGAAGACUAAUGGCAAGCUUGAAAGGGCCAGCCCUUGGAAUAGUGAAAGCAGUGCGACAUGCCAGCCCUGACGCCACCCCAAAAGAGUGCUUGGACGCUCUCGAAAGUGCUUUUGGAAGUGCAGAGUCCGGUGAUGACCUCUAUUUUGCAUUCCGUCUGAUGCAACAGCAACCAGGGGAGAAACUAUCUGAUUUCCUCAGACGCCUAGAACGGUCUCUGGCGAAGGUGAUACAGAGAGGUGGCCUGCCUGCUAGCAGCAUGGAUAGAGUCAGACUGGAGCAACUGCUGAGGGGUGCUACUGUCUCAGACCUGAUGCUGAUCCAGCUACGCUUGCGUGAAAGGAAGAGCGCACCGCCCAACUUUUUACAGCUCUUGAGUGAGAUUCGUACUGAAGAGGGAUAUGAAGCGUCUAGGAAGAAGCUCAGUGCCUCAGUACGCCAAGUAUACGCCGACCCUGAAGUGGAUGGGAAACAAGCGGAGAUCCAGAACUUAAAAGCUGAACUAAAGGAGCUAAAGUCAAUGGUUGCAUCAGUUGUAACUAAACAAUCUCGCUCCAAGGAUGACCACUCAGAGUUAACGCACUCAAGUAUGCCACCUAGCCCAGAGAACCGGCAGGACCCGGAACUGGCUGCUUUGAAAAAAGAACUGAAACGAAUGAAACAGAAAGUCAUGAAUAAAGUGACUGAGCCAGGCACUGCAGUUUCGGUUUCGACCAUGGAGGCUACCAAACAGGUUCACAACUCUCCCAAAAGAGUACCCAAAGGUGAGAAUUUCUGCUACCGAUGUGGCGAAAAUGGACAUUUUGCUACAAAGUGUGGGAACACUGAGAAUCAAGCCAAGGUCAUAAAGAAGCUAAUACAGGCCUUGAAAGUCACUAGACAACGGUCUGGUGAUGCGGCAACCAGUGAAGUGAACUGUCAUGCCAAACAAGGUGCUGUUACUACAAUAGAGCCUGUUGGCAUCCCUGAAGGCUUGAUUGGCCCACCCAGCAUUGUACCCCUGAAGGUGAAUGGACACGCUUGUGAUGCUUUGUUUGACAGUGGCUCUCAAGUGACCAUUAUAUUUGAGUCUUGGUAUCAGACCUACCUUUCUGAUGUACAAAUACGUCCAGUGUCUGGUCUAGCACUCUGGGGCCUAAGUGAGUCUGACCUCAGCUACCCCUACCGUGGUUAUGUGGUGGUUGACAUGGAAUAUCCAGCAAAAGUAGCAGGUGCCGACAAGAUUGUGACAGUCCUUGCUCUUAUCUGCCCCAGCCCCCGUACUGCGGACCAAACUCCUGUCAUUGUGGGAACUAAUGCCAGUCAUGUCCGACGUCUUGUGCAGCAAUGUAAGGAGGAGGGCAUUGACAUCACCCAGACACUGGGUAUACAAGGCUGUUGCAGAGAUGAAGAUUUGGCAGCAUGUGGCACGGCUACAGCCACCGAAGUGGAGGAUGAUAUUGGCUGUGUGACAUGGCAAGGCCCAGGCCCACUGACUAUACCUCCUGGUGGUGAUUGCAGUCCUGUGUGCAAAGUUGACUUCAAACACCAAGUCAACAUGGAAGUUCUGAUGGUUGACUCAUCUCCCUCAGCUCCACUCCCAGCUGGUGUGCUACUACAGCCUAUGGUAGUGUCCAGUGAAGAAGUUAAGGUCAACCACUUCAGAAUCUUUGUCCAGAACGAGUCGCUGACAGAGACCAUCAUACCCGUUGGAACUGUCAUCGGACAUAUGUACCUGACUGAUGCAGUCACUACAAUCACUCCUUCCAAGACAGCAGCACAAGAGUUUGAUGCUAAUCUGAUCGACUUUGGAGACUCACCUGUCACAGAGGAGUGGAAAAGAAGACUCCGUAAAAAACUAUCCACCAGGUCUUCAGUAUUCUCCCUCCAUGAAUGGGAUGUCGGAUUGGCCAAAGACGUAAAGCACACAAUCCGUAUGUCAGAUCCACGGCCGUUCAGGGAGCGCUCUCGACGUCUGGCACCAGCCGAUGUGGAAGACGUGAGAAAACACCUCCAAGACCUGUUGCGUGCGGGGAUCAUCAAGGAGUCGCGUAGCCCAUACGCAUCCCCAAUCGUGAUUGUUAGAAAGAAGAAUGGGGCCGUGAGAAUGUGUAUUGACUACAGAUUGUUGAACAGCCGAACAAUCCCAGAUCAGUAUACAACCCCAUGCAUCGAUGAUGUUCUGGAUUCCAUGACGGGAAGCAAGUGGUUUUCCGUGCUUGACCUGCGGAGUGGCUAUUACCAAAUUGCCAUGGCCGAGGAAGAUAAAGAAAAGACGGCAUUCAUCUGCCCACUGGGGUUCUUCCAGUUUGAAAGGAUGCCACAAGGAAUUACUGGAGCCCCAGCCACCUUCCAAAGGUUAAUGGAGAAGGCGGUGGGUGACAUGAACCUGCUGGAGGUCCUAGUAUACCUCGAUGACCUGAUUGUGUUUGGCAGAACCCUGGAAGAGCAUGAAGAGCGACUGCUCAAAGUUCUAGAUCGUCUUGCAGAGGUCGGCCUGAAGAUCUCAGUUGACAAGUGUCAGUUUUGCCUGCCCAAAGUGCAAUACCUGGGACACAUUGUGUCCGCUGAUGGUGUCUCUCCUGACCCAGCCAAGGUCGAGGUAGUCACAAACUGGCCACAGCCUACUCACCUGAAAGCUCUUCAGUCAUUCCUUGGGUUCUGUGGAUACUAUAGGCGUUUCAUAGCCAACUAUUCAGCGAUCGUCAGGCCGUUGUCAGAACUCACUAAAGGCUAUGCCCCAAGGCAGAAGAGUAUGAAGCUCGAGAAAGACAGCACAAAGGCUUACCUUAAAGAGUCUGAGCCCUUCGGUGAGAGAUGGGACAAGUCCUGCACUGAAGCGUUCCGUCAGAUUAUUCAUUGUCUCACUCACGCACCUGUCCUGGCUUUCGCAGAUCCAAACAAGCCAUACAUCCUACACGUAGACGCCAGUUUGAAGGGACUUGGCUCGGUCCUCUAUCAGCAGCAUAGUGAGGGACUGAGGCCUGUGGCAUUCGCCAGCAGGAAGUUGAAACCACCAGAGAGAAAUUACGCAAUACACCAGCUGGAGUUUCUGUCUCUGAAGUGGGCCAUAGUGGAUAAAUUCCAUGAUUAUCUCUAUGGCGCCAGAUUCACUGUGCGUACAGAUAACAACCCGCUGACGUAUGUGCUCUCAACCGCCAAGCUUAGUGCUGUUGGGCACAGAUGGCUGUCUGCAUUGUCCACCUAUGACUUUGAUGUACAGUACAGACCCGGCAGACACAACAUUGAUGCCGACCUGUUGUCCAGAAUGAUGCCGGAUGAGGGUCAAGAGGAAUGGGAGACCAUACCACAGACUGGAGUGAGAUCCAUCUGCAAGAAAGUAUGCAUUCCUGGAUCCUUGGUCAACCCACCAAGAUAUGUGGACCAGUUAGGAGCCUCUCCUGACUGCGUGCCUGACAUCUAUGCGUUCCCGACACACUUGGAGCUGAAGUCAUUAGGACAAAUGUCAACUCAGGACCUGAUUAAAGCCCAAGAAGAGGAUGCAGAAAUCAGCUCUGCUCUUCAAGCUGUUAAGCAAGGAAAAUGGCCUGAAGGGAAUGUGUCCAGCCCAGAACAGGCUCGUCUGAAGAAGGAGAUGGGAAGGCUGAUGAUGAAAGAUGGACUGCUACAUCGCUUAAGCAAGAGAUCUUCUGGAGAAGACGUCACUCAACUCGUCUUACCAAGAGAGUUCAGAGAAGUUGUGUUGAGGGCCUCACAUGAUGACUUGGGACACCUUGGUGUAGAGAGAACUACCGACCUGUUGAGGAACCGAUUUUUCUGGCCUAAAUUGGCAUGUGAUGUGGAGCAGUACAUCAAGAACUGCGGAGAGUGUAUUACGCGAAAGACUCCUAGCCAGAGAGCAGCUCCCUUAUGUCAGAUUGUGAGCAGUGGACCGAUGGACCUAGUCUGCAUCGAUUUCCUGUCAAUGGAACCCGAUUCUUCAGGCAUCAGUAACGUGUUAGUCGUGACUGAUCACUUUACACGUUAUGCCCAGGCUUUCCCCACCAGAAACCAGAAAGCACAGACAGUGGCAAAGGUCCUGGUGGACAAGUACUUUCUACAUUAUUCUCUGCCAGCUCGGAUCCACUCAGAUCAGGGGAGAGAUUUUGAGUGCCAGCUAAUAAAAGAGCUCCUGAAGAUGCUGGGAAUCAGAAAGUCACGGACCACUCCGUAUCAUCCUCAAGGGGACCCACAGCCCGAAAGGUUCAACCGAACUUUACUUUCCAUGCUGGGAACUCUUGGCUGUGAGAAGAAACGGCAGUGGAGCAAACACGUUGGUUACUUGGUGCACGCCUACAACAGUACCAAGUGUGAUGCUACAGGGUACUCACCCUAUUUCUUAAUGUUCGGCAGAGAAGCGAGGCUUCCUAUGGACGUGUGUUUUGGAACUUCUCCUGACGGAAAAGAUGAAGCUUGUCACUCACGCUAUGUAGCCAAGUUGAAAGAGGACUUGCAGAGAGCUUACCAGCUUGCCUCUGAGGCUGCUGACAAGGCACAUCAGAGGAACAAGAGGUCCUACGAUAAGAGAGUCGGAUUCCAGACACUGGAUAUCGGCGACCGAGUGCUACUGAGGAACUUGGGAUUGAAAGGAAAACACAAGCUGGAGAGUAGGUGGAGCUCUAUCCCUUUUGUUGUAUUGGGAAAGAUGCCCAAUCUUCCUGUGUAUAAAGUCAAACCUGAAGAUGGAGGCGGAGGAGUCAAAACUCUUCAUCGCGAUCAUCUCUUACCGAUUGGAGAGUCAGUGAGAAUGCCAACUGUGAGCAAGGAGGAAACCUCACCUGUUAAGCCAAGAACAAGGUCCGAGACAAUCAGGAAGGUAAAGAAAGUCUUACCUGAGAUACGAAAGACUCUGCCAGAGUUACAAGACCUUACAGACUCGUCUUCAGACGAAGAACAUUACCUACCUCAGAAACCCUACAGUACCUACCUGAAAGAAAUCCUGCAAAGAGAAAAAGAUACUGCCAGACCUGAAGCCCCCGGCCGAGACCACAGUGACUCUCAACAGUCAGAUGAAAAUCCUGUUGAAGAGGACAUGUCGGAGGAUGAGAGUUCAGAAGAGGAGAACCAAAGCGUUGGCGAAGUGGAUACAGCUCAAGAUUCCGUUCCCGAGGAAGAAAGUGAACCUGAGGCAGGAAGUGAUCCUGAGUCAAACCCUUGCCGCGACAACCAGAUACCUGCCAGGUCUAAUUCCACUAACAAACUUGAAACUCGCCCUAAGAGAAGCGUGAAGCCAGUCAUUAGGUUAACGUAUGAUGAACCUGGUAAAGCAAGAGAUCAGCCUCUCACCAUAGUUCAUAGAGGUGUGAUCAUAAAAAUAGGUAAAUGUUAAGUUCAGUAUUUACUGCACCCUUUCUGAUCAUAACUUAGGUUGUGUUUGUUUGUUGAUGAGGACAUCAAAACGUUUAGAAGGGGGAGGGUGUAACCCAGCCAAAGCUAUUGUUUAUGUUAAUUAGUAUUAAAACAAACAAAACGAAACAACAAUGAAAGAGGUUUGUUUAAAAGUGUUAAAAGCCUUUAAAAGGUGUAUUUGUAUAAAACAUAAUCUGUAUUUCAUCAUUAGUUUGAGGAGUUUUAUUUUGUGUUGUUUUGUGUUAAAAAGCAGUGUUUUCUCUGUGUAUUCUGUGACAGCAUUUAAAGGGUUAACCCAGUGGGGACAUAGUUGAGUGGGACACGAGCCCGGAAAAAGGAAGGAGGAAGAGGUGAGCGACGUGGGGGGUGGCUAACGUGAAGUGUGCGAACGAAAAGGGACAGAGGCAGUCUGUAUUUUCUUGAUAGGCAGCUUUUCAAAACUUGUGUGUUUGGGGCUUCUUAAUGAUUGUUUCCACGACAGUCAGUAGAAGAAGACCAUCGGCACGUUAACGGAAGAAAGGAACCUCCACAAGGCGUUUCGGUACCGUUUAUUGUGCAACAAGUUAGCGCAUGCUAACAGCUCUGCAGGCGUAGUCUAGAGGCUGUUCGCAACAAGUGAGCCGAGUGUGCUAGACUAGUUUAACUUCUCCAGUUAGACCUUGAGUGGGGUAGUCUGUUCGUUUUCAUCCAGAAGACACAUAGAGGACAACCCAGAUAGAGCUAACGACCAAGGCUUCCCGGCUACCGUAGCUUUCUGACAACGAGGGAUGCAAGACUGUGGCUGGACAUAAACAUCAGUGGAUCUGCUGUGUUCCUGCACGUGAGUGACUGACAUCGGAAUAUACAGAGACACGUUUCUUUUAAUUUGCUUUCCAAGGAGUGAAGGGGCCGUAUUGGUUUUGGGCCACAACGAACACUAGCAACGACCAGGCCUGCAACGUAAAGUGUGGGGUUAACAAGGUGUUUAGCUUUGCCGGCUUUAGGGGACAGUGCCUGAGUGUGAGUGUGUGAGUGGUGUGUUGUGGGCCCACAAAUUAGUAUAGGUGUCUAUUAUCUCAAGUAACUGUAAGACCGGUGUUAUUCCAGGUUGUAACUAAGGAUGACAUGUUAUGUUAUAUUUUGGUAAAGACUAUGUUCUUUUUUGACAUUUGAUAUAUUGCACAACUUUUGAAUUAAUUACUAAAUAAUUGAUAAUUAUUUUUCGAAAAGAGGUGUUGUGUGAAUUCAUUUACUUACCUGUCUAUUUCGUUUAGCACUAAGGAUCUGCAUACUUAAACAGUUAAAAGAAAUUCAAAACAGUUAAAACUGAGUUGAUCAGAAUUAGAUUAAUUGAUUUAAAAGAACCCAAAAGCCUCUCCUCAGUCACAUGACUACGAAGGGACGCUACAUAAUGAUGAUAGUAAUAAUAAUAGACUAAUUAAUAAUAUAAUAACGAUUAUUAUAUAAUUGAUCACUGUCCACUGGACAGAAUGGUUGCAGAGCUUGAGCAGCGGUUUUGCAGUGUAGAUUGUGUGUACUUGUGUACAUUUAAUGGUGGCCUAAAACAAUUGAGUAUCUCUACUAAAUCUGUCCAUGAGUGGGAAAGUUAUAUCCCGGUUCUUGUUCCUUAUUUGUUUUUUGGAUUUGUUUUUAAUGUCUACUACAUUCAUUCAUAUCCUGUGCAUCUCCAGGGGGCUAAGCCCCCCCUGUCCUCGGAACCUAGUAACGCCCCUGGUUAGCGUUCACCCUGGUUAGCGUGUUUUUCAGUUAACAGAAAAUUUUGCCUUGGUUUACAUACAUUUUCUGGUCAAGCUUGUAGUGUGUGAGUCUAGUUGACUGUAGAGGUGUUAUUUCAUAUCUACGGGGCUCUAAUAAUGUUAAAAACCAUGGUUGGGCAAUAUAUUUUUCUAUACUGAUAUAGACUCUUCACAAUGAUAUGAAAAUGACUGGAACCUCGUGAGGAAAAAGCGGUAGAAAAUGAAUGAAUGAAUGGAAUGUUUCGAGCAGAAACAUGGUACCUUGGUUUUUGUAAUUAAUUUGUUCUGAAAGAUCAGAUGAAAACUGGUGCAAUUGUCUUCAUACCAAAACUGGAAUUUUGAUGGAUCCCAGACGCCUCCUCGGUGAGGUAAUCUGGGCAUACCUCAUCGAGAGGUGUCCCUGGGGAGGGGGAUGUCUGUGCUUCCCGACUGACACUGCUACCGCCCAAACCCGACCCGGAUAAGCAGAAGAAAAUAACCGGACGGCUGGAUGGAAUGCUGUUAUUUUCAGAGGACGGUAAAUCAAUAGUGCCUUCCAAGCUAUGCUAAGUUAUAUCCAAGAUUUGUUGCUAAGAAAUGCACAAUGCUCAACAUAUCCAAGAUUCCUUCGAGAGUCAACACUCUUUGAAGCGAAGUACUCUUUUGUGUUUGCAUUUCAUAGAUUGUGCUGCCAUUUGACAAACUUUAACAUAGUAAUGCAGAUGAAGUCAAAGAAACGACACACAGAAAUGAUUGACAGCAUGUAAACAGCCAUUGUCACAAACAGCAAUCAAACAGAGUGACACCACAACAAUGACUGACAACAGUGAAUAAAGCUUUUGUUCCAAAGGAAGAUAACAAUGAAAUAGAUUAGUGCCUCAUCCAAGCCUCCAGCACAGACACACGCUGACGUUUUACAGUGUGUCUUUACCAAGCAAACAGGUUGAACACAUCAUUAUUAGCACAAGUCCAUCGUUGUUCUUCUGCCUUUUGAUUUUGUCCUCCAACAAUUCCUCUGAUGAAGUCUAAGUGCAAGAUUAAGUGUUUGAAUUUCUAAGAUGUUGUAAACAAAUUUGAAUUAGUUUCCUUUUUGCUUCCCGUGCCUUCAACUUUUUCAGAAGUUGUUUUGUAAAAGGGAAGGACACGCUUUGAUUGCUUUCAAAAUGUUUAGACAUAUGUCCUUGUUUGGCAUAAUGAGUCUUUGCCAUGGUGACUUAGCACUAUUUCCUUGUCUGUAUAUAAGGCAUUGCUUCUCAAAUAGUGGGGCACCUACCCAGGAUGGCUGUGAUAGACGUUGUGGACGUUCAUUAUUUCACCACAUAAUCACCAUCAGUGGUUCGCAUGUGUUGCCAAUGGUGGUUGAAAAGAACAGAUUAUAUUAAGAAAUGCCCAUAUUUUUCACAAUUACAAUUACCAUAUAAUGACAUAAUGGGGACCAUAGUAACCGUCAAUAUAGUGAUAUACGUAUAUAUCUCACUAUAUUGACGGUUACUAUGGUCCCCAUUAUGCCAUUAUAUGGUCAUAUCACCUUGUACUUCAGUAUGUGCCAAAAAAUAAAAAAGAAAGAAAAAUACAAAAUUGUAAAAAAUACAUAAAUUAUAUUAGAAAGGCAUGAAGUGAACAAAUGUAACAGUUACUGAUUGUAAAAGUACCAGAUGGAGGGGUAGAAUUUAAUAAGCUUUGCUUUUUCCUACUACUUUUGGACAUGUGGAACUGGGAACUGAUUAUGUGAUGCACUCAAUUGUAAUUGAUGAAAUUAAACCGUUACCAUGACCAUUACCAAUUAAAACGGUAUAAAAAUUGCCGUAAAUUUUCGUUCCGCCCAAAUAAGAUAAUUGCUCACUCAGAAAGUUUAUCUGCAGAUUUCCUCCACAUUUAUAUCUAAAAAAAAGGACCUGACUUGGCGUUGUGUGUUGCUGCAUAAAGGCAACAAAACAAACAAAAAGCACAGGUGGCUUCAACAAGAAUCCUCAGAAUUAAGGAAUAAAGAGCACUGAAUUUGAAGUGUGUUUGUUGAAAUCCCUAGACUGCCAUUUGGUACAGUAAAUGUCAGCGGCACAGCCAAGCAGGCUAAUCUGUGUGUGUGUGUGUGUGUGUGUGUGUGUGUGUUCUUCAGAGUUUCAAAGCAAUUUAGAGUUGCUCCUUCUGCUCGACUAACAAUAAGGUUUUCAAGGGUGUUCUAUGGCUGUUGUUGACAUGUGAUACCACAUUAAAAGAAUUUGCAGAUCGACACAGAAAUGUCAUUAUGGUUGUGGUAUUUAUUGUUUGGAAGUCUUGCUGUAUGUGGAGAUGCACUUUUCACAUAAAAUGGAGCAUGACUGAUGCUUGGGGGUUGCAUUUCCUGUGUGUCUUAAUCUACUUGGUACAAAACAGGGGUCUCUGUGUCAUGGCCGCAUCUCUUCACAUCAAUGGUAGUGGUGUGUGUGUCAUGAACGAACGGGUCAAAAGAACUAGUUCUUUUUUGUCAACGGAAUGAACGAGGUCACCGCCCCUAAAAUACCCGUUCGGUCGCAAAUGCUUUUUUUUUGAUUGGCUGGAGAGUCAGUUCACCGUUUUUUUGCAGGGCGGGAGUAUCUGCGUGCUUGCCUGUCUUAUCCUAUUGUCGAUCCUUGCUCUGUGGGGGGUUAGCUGACUGAAAGACCGAGACAGAGAGAUUGACCAACAGUCGGCCGUUCAUUCAUGACCGACAGUUGAGUCGGAACGAACGUGAACAUGAGUGGACUGACUGACACGAGAUGACUGACCGGGUCUAUGCACAGGAGGGAGAUCACAGGCGACCAAUUGAAUGAAAUGAACGGAUCUUUUUACUGAAUGAACGGUUUUGGUGUGGAGUGACAAGAAGAAAAUCUUAAACUCAUGAGGGUAUUCAGGGGUUAUUUCUCGAGAUAGUGAAUAGACGGAUGGAUGUGACAAUGUUUUUCAUUACCAGCUUUUGCACCACUGAAAGUGCAAAGAUAAGAGAUAAGGUUUGAAUUAUAUUUUGUGUCCCAUUCUAGACCAUAUGAUUUAACACAGGUUGACAAUACACCAAGAAGAGGUGUUCACUGAUGUUGACAAAAAAGUUGUAUUGGAUUUCAGCUGCAGUGUACCUUUUUAGGCUUCUGGGGUUUUUACAGUCAUUGUUGUGAGCUCUGUGUAUAAAAAGUUCAGAAGAACAAGGGAGGGCUUUGAGAACACAUGUUAUUAAAUCUACUUUUCAUGGGGGCUAUGAUCCAUGCAUACCAGGGAAUGCUGAAAAUCAGCCAGUAAUUGAUAAGUCUCUCUUUAACACCUACUCCGACCAUUCCAGCCCUAAAUAUGCCUCACACAUUGAUUAAACCUGUUUUUAAUUGUGUGAAAAGAUGCAGUAAAAGUCAUGGUGUAGCCAGAUUCAGGACACAAACACUGUACGGUGCAUUCCCCUCCUAUUCUGUGUGGAAGUGGUAAUCUUUUGUCUUCUUACCUUGUCACUCGUUUUUUAACCCUUUGUUAAAUUUAGAAUAAAUACUUCGGAGGCUAACUAGUUAGCUUGGUAGCAUGUUAUGCUUAAAGCCGUAGCUGUCUCGUGUCCCUACAGUCAUCCCGUAGCCUGUAAACAAUGAAUAGUAGGAGUGUAAAGGCGACUAUCAGUGUUAUUUAAUGUUUACACUGCUCUAAUAAUGGUUAAAAACAUAUUUAGAAAGUCAUAAACAGGUUUUCAUCCGACGUUGCAGAAAUUCACUUAUCGGCUUACAGGCUUUUCGUGAGAUCUUCCUUCCCAAUACAUUUAAUUGAAAAAUAAAAAUGUAUCAUGAUCCUAAUGUAGGUGAAUGUGAUCGUGAUCAUUUUAGCAUAUGUCAGAUAGAUUAUAAUAUAAACCACCCUCUUGACAAAUGUGUGUGGGUUCCCAGUAUGUUAGUAACAUUGUGUGUGGCGUGGUUACACACUUAAAGCACCCCUCAUUUUGGGCCUGUGUGUGUCUCAGCAUGUCUGUGUGUGGCAGGGUCACAGGCUGACUUCACAUGGGAACAAAUGGCAGGAUUUUGGUCGAAAAAAAAAAACUAAAACUUGAAACAAACCAAACUAAUAAAACACACCUAACAAUUAAAGCUGGUCAGACCUCCCACAGCAGUGCUAGUCCGGUUCUUUUAUUAUGCCUUCAUUACAAUUAGGAUGCCACCUCUGCUUUAAAGUAUAUAAUGCAUAUAAAACAGGUGGGGAAUGUGGAUAAAAUAAAAACAAAUCACCCUCUCCUUACUCGUGAAUGAACAAACCCAUAAUACACCAAUACAGUAAAACUGCACGUUUAGGAGUUGCGUUCUAUUGUGGCCACACAUGUGCUAUAAUCAUUCUGUCAAGUCAGCAUCUUGAUAUGCCACAACUGUGAGGUGAAUGGAUUACCUCGGCAAAGGAGAAGUAAACAGAUUUGUGAGCAAUAUUUAAGAGCAAUAGGCCUUUUGUGAAUGUAGAAAAUGUUUCAGAUAUUUGAGUUCUGCUCAUGACACACAGGAGCAAAACCAAAAGUUCACAAGGGUCGGGGGGGGCUGAAGCCUAUCCCAGCUGUCUUCAGGCGAGAGGCGGGGGAAACCCUGGACUGGUCGCCAGCCAAUCACAGGGCACAUAUAGACAAACAACCAUUCACACUCACAUUCAUACCUAUGGACAAUUUGGAGUCACCAAUUAACCUAGCAUGUUUUUGGAAUGUGGGAGGAAACCGGAGUACCCGGAGAAAACCCACGCCUGCAUGGGGAGAACAUGCAAACUCCACACAGAGAUGGCCGAGGGUGGAAUUGAACUUGGGUCUCCUAGCUGUGAGGCCUGCGUGCUAACCGCUGGACACCGUGCAGCCCGUAAUAGAAACAGUUUCCCCAUUAAUUGUUAAUACGGUAAACAAAUACACACUUCGUUGUACAGGGACGUCUCCUGUUGUCCUGUUAUGCCCACAUUUAAUGAUUCAGGCUGAGAAUUAUUGCUAUAGAUGAACCGACCCAAGAGAAUCAUUAACCUAAUGAUAAAUCAACAGGGUCCUAUUCUGAAGACCCCAGAUCUGAGACCCUUGUUGUCCUAUGGAGGAAAGUCAUUUUGGCUGCUUGUACCGGAUCUUGUCAUUUCGGUCGCUACCCAAAGCUUAUGACCAUCGGUGAGGGUAGGAACGUAGAUCAAACAGUCCAUUGAGAGAUUCAGUGAGAGCUGAAGAUCACUUCUUGAUGAAGCCAACAAGACCACAUCAUCCGUACAAAGCAAAGACCCAAUCCCGCAGCCACCAAACCGGAUCCCCUCAACGCCUUGGCUGCACCUCAGAAUUCUGUCCAUAAAGGUUAAAAACAGAAUUGUCUCCUCCGCAUUGAGAGGAGCCAGAUGAGAUAGCUUGGGCAUCAGGUCAGGAUGCCUCCUCCCUGGGGAGACCCAAGACAUGUUGGAGAGACUAUGUCUCUCAACUGAAAGAGAUUGCUUAGAUUGCUGCUCCCAAGACCCGACCUUCAUCCCAGUAUACCUGCACCUUUUGCAAGCUUCUGGGUCAUAAGCACCCAAAAUCCUGCUUUUUAAAGCUCAAAUAAAGGGUACAUUCCUCCUUGUUAAAGGCUGAACCCAAAAUGAGAAGUGAGGGUAUUGUCAAAGGGCUCACAGAAUGUCAUGCACCACAAUAACUCCCAUGAUGCCUGGCAGUCUUCUUGGCUUUCUCUAAAUGUCUGUAUGUCAGUCUUUGUGUUAGAAAUAUCACAUUAUCAUGAGCAGAAUGGCAGCUAGAUAAAAAUGGCUUUCCAAGACUCCCUGCAUUUGCUGAAAGAAAGUAGGUGAUGUCAUGAGUCGUUUUAUAAAUUGUUAUGACAGAGAGCCUCAACAUAGUAUGCUCGUCCCCUCCCAGUUAAUUGAAUAGUCGUCAAAUUUCUGUCAGUGAAGAUUUCCUUUAUCGGAUUACUGUCCUAAUUUAGUGAGAAAUGUAUUUUAAUAAUGAAAAAAAUCAGUGAUUUAGCAUUUAGAUAGCCUUUGCUAUUAAAUGUGUGGAUAAAUUAGUCAUGAUCUCACAAUCAAAAAAUCACAAACACUGCUGUAAGAUUAGGCAAAAAAUAUUUUGUACUUGCUGUCCACAACCCACCAUGUGAAAAUAAAUUUCUCAAAAAACACACAAAAAAAACAAAGACAAAGAAAAAUAUUUGCUCAACGUUAAUCCUGUGAUGGUUGCCGAGCUGUGGUUUUGUAAAGUUGGGGGCAUGGUGGACCAUGGCAGUUAAAAUUCCCAAGUUCAGGACAUUAAAGGGCACAUUUUUCCAGAAAGUAUUGGUUACUAUCCAAAACCUACGCAUUUGGUUCCUGUGUCUUCCUGGUUGUUUUUGUAUAGAUAGUAUUUAGUAAUCCAUACAUGCAAUGUAUUAACAUUAUAAAGCGUCUUUGAGUAUCCCAUGAGGAUCAUUUCAGUAUCUCAUUGCCGGUUUUGGUAACCAAGUAUGGUCACCUUUGGUAAAGCACUGACGUUUGAGUCCAAUUUCCUUGGGAGCAUCAAAAUUCUGAGGGACAACCAGGACUCAUUUGUCGCAUUGAAAGUAGGCUACAAAUCAUAUUUUGUAAUUCUGACACAUCUAAAGUCUGAUGUUAUGAACUUCAGGUUGAAAAGAAGGCAGAAAGAUAACAAAAUAAAUUAUUUUGUAUUGAAAUGCAUUAUUAUUACUAUUGUGAUUAUUAUUUUUCCAGUGCCCAGAAUGGCACUUGGCGUCUUAUUGUGUGCUUUCAGUUAUAAAGCCCAGCCAGGAUGCUCUCUGCUCUGCCCUGCCAGCUCUCAACCCUGCACAGGCUAACAAAGCUGCCACGACCAACCACUGAAUAAAAGUCAUUUUUUUAUUUGACUAAACUUGCACUGAAAGCUGUAAAUAUUCAUGGAUAUGUCACCAGGGGGAUGUUGAAUAGCUGUGUGGUUGACUGAGCGUCAAUGUGUGUGAAUCUGGCUGUGCAUGUUAAACUACUAGCUAGCAAAAGCGACGCAUCACUCUGUAUAAUGUCGAUUUCCUCAGUGUCCACUCUUGACCAUCCCUUAAGAUGCCUUACGGUAGUUAAUGUCACAUUUUGUAAAUUAAUUAUGUUUGCAAAGGCGUAGUUUUGUCCAUGAGGGGAUGGCUCAGACAUAAAAGAAAACCUGCGUCUCUUUGGAAGUGUCAAGACAACAAGUAAUUGUAUAAAACCGCUUUAUAAUUCUCAGGACGUUGACUCGAUCGCAACUGGCCAGUUUGUCAGAGAAGAUGUUUUGCCUCUCAUCUAAGCAGGCUUCAUGAGUUCAUGCUCAGUGACUCGGUGGGACAAACACUAGUCUGAUUAGGUAGGACAGCUCUUGUCAGAAAAAUUGGCGCGACAUCCACAGUAUUUAGGAGGAGGUAUGUCCCAACAGUGCGGAACCAUUGUUGAUCCAAGUUCUCAGACUAGAGCUGACUUAUCUAGUCAUUGACCAGGCAUGAAUAGAGAAAGACUGAAACUUUCUGAACGUUUUUGUGGGUUUACGCUACCUGUUGUCAGCAUAUGUGGAUUGUGUGAGCUUCCAUGGUUGGUUUGGUUCGGAUAUGCUUGGAGCAUGCGUGCACAUGGCCUCUGUUUUUGUCGAUAACUCUAUACAAGGAAAGGAGAGACAUCCUGUAAAGAAACUCCCCACGCAGGGACUCAACUGUUUAUGUUUUCAGCCGACAAAACUUUAUUGUCCUAUCAUUGAAGAGCCAAAACAACACUUUUUUGUUUUGUUUUUGCUGUUGAAAACAGGUUAAAGAUCAGGUUAGAGGACGACUAAAGUGGUGAAUCAAGUAAUACUGAACCUUUUUCAUUAAAAAUAUUUCUUUACAGUUUUAAAUCAUUUUGUUUUGACAUUUAAUGUUUGGAACUUGGAACAAGAUAUUAAAUGCAUACUUUGGUCUCAUUCUGUCUGGCUCUAUAUGCCACCAACACAAAACUAUUUACAUUACAACAAAGCAGGAGCAUAUGUAAAGUAAUGGUAUAAUAUUACAUUUCUAAGCAUUACCUUGACAAACUUCUAUCAGUUCAGCGUCAGCACGGUUCUUUGUUAUAAGACUUCAAAACUGCAUUCACAUCCCGAGCUCCCAGCGCACUAUGCCGUGGUCUCUUAGUGUUAGCUGCUUGCGCUGUUUGAAAGCCAGACUCUGACAGUUGGGGAGGGAAAAAAUGAGGCCAAAGAUGCUUUGUAACAGCUCCCUUUGUAGCUUCAGCCAUUAUUCUGCCACGAACAAAGUGACGAACUGUGGCUGCAGAUAGCUCAGCACUACAGCAGAAUUGGCAUUAGUGGACCACCGGCGUCAGGAUGUCCGCAUAAAAAGAGCAUGAAUGCUUUUAAAUAACUAAUCGCGCAGCAAAAGCAAGCUACUUAUCCAAAAUGUAAAAUACGGUAAUUAAUUCAUAAUUAAUGAUUAUUGAUUAUUGAUAUGAUUAUUGCUAUUACAAACAAAACAUGGAUAUAAAGUAUGUCAGGAAAAAUAUAUAUAUAAAUACAUGGAUGAGUAUGUAUAUAUUUCUACAAAAAUAUGAAAACCUAAGGUAAAGAAUAAACCACAGUGAUGCUAAGCGGCAUAAUUCCGAGCUAUAACCAUAUCAAGUUUGACGAUGAUGAUUAUAUUUUUCACAUGAGUUGGCAGACACUGAGGUGAGUUACAUCAGCAAAGACAGAUAAUCAGGCGAAGUGAAUGAUGCAUAAGAGAAGUGCUGGGGGCUACAGUUAAAAGGGUUCAUUCUGAAUGUCCUAUCACACUAAAAUACAUGUACAGCAUCUGAUGUAACCUCGCAAUCCAAGCAUUUGUGUUGGGUCUACAUUUUUGUCUUGUUUUGCUUAAACGGUUUUCCGUCAGCAGCUUGUUCCAUCAGUUUUUUUUUUUAUUUUUAGCAGUUUUGUGUGUGUGUUUUUUUUUAAACUGACACUUUGGAUUGAAGCCUAAUUGGUGGCUACAUUUUUGGCUGUUAUUAAAGCCACCGGGCUUGAAACAAGGAAGCCCACUGUAACUGCCAAGUUUGACAAGAGACUGAUCCAAUCUUGAAAGGAAUCGAUUGAAAACUCUAAUGUAAAAUGUAAAAUGUAAAACUGUAAAAUAUAAUCAGCAAACGCCCCAUUAUCUUAUUCUGAGGACCUCUCUUGUCAGCAGGGUGAAGUUCACCCAUACACUUUUCCAAUAUCAAAUGAAAUAAAGUUAGGAGUCCUAGUCGCUAAAUCAGUUACCGUACAAUGUUUGCUUUUGCUUGGAUGGGACUGGUUUGUAUUAUUUAGUGCAAAUUUGGCUGAGCGGCACACCUUGGAGGAAGCGCUUGGACACCACCUUGCUUCUAAAAUAUGGCCGGCCGCUUUGUCCAAAAGCUGCCAAAAAUCGGGAUUACCUUGACAGCAAUAUUGGCACUUACAUUGGAUUAGCUCAUAACAAAACAUUAUCUCUUGGAAAUUACCGUACAGGGAUAUAGAAGCGGGGAAUGAUAAGAACAUGAUCAACAAUGUAGAAUAGGUUCAACUCAUAAAUUUGUAAAUACUUAUGAAGCUAAUUAUAUGUUUUCUGCAGAGGCUACUUAAACAAGCUGCCGUCCUUCCCGAGUCAAUUAUUGUGAACUGGUAUAUCUUAAAUGAAUGUCUUGUGACAUCGGCAGUAUGCUAACCGUAAGGAUUUAGAAGGGGUUUGCAAAUAGUCAAUACUCCCCUGACCCUCGGUGAUUUAGGGUGGAUGCUGGUUUCAAGACCACAGCAAGAGUCUUUAAUUAAGGGAUGGAAAGUCAACAUUGGAUCACAGGCAAAUGGCUCAGCAAAGGACUGGCAGAGAGAUGAAUGUCCAGUGACUCGUCAGAGUUCUUACAUUGACUGCUUGGCAGCCAAAGCAAAUGAGUAGUACUUCAGCAACUUCAUGAAGAAUUGGCAAAGCACAGAAGGCAAUCAUAGACUGUCUUCUCCUCCCAUGAAUGGAUUUACUAUCACCUUCUGUAUAUGUAAAAUGAUAAUCAUUACAUGAGGUUGUAUUCCAAGUGUAUUUGUGACAAUGAGGGGUGUAGAGUGGAUCCAUUCAUGUUUUCGCAAAGACGCAAAGAUUUUUGAAUAAAUGAAACUGGGUCCACAAGAACGAAGCAAGAUGAGAUUUUGACAUGAAUUUUAAGUAAAGUACAAUGAAAACGUAUGACUGUACAAACUAGUGUUUUUAACCGAGUCACAAAACAACACAAGCUUGUUUUGAAAUAAUUAUUGUCCGGAAAAUUGACAUUAAACGAUAUUAUUGUUAACUUUUUUCGACCAAAUAAACCACAAAUGAUCGUGAGUCGUUCCAGGAAUUACAACAGGAAAGCAGAGUUGAUUACGUAAACACGGCUUACGGAAACGCCUUCUCCGAAAGCAGAGCAGUGGAGCCACGUCGUACCGCUCGCUGCUUGACGUGUGUUUUAACAGAAAACCUAUACUUACCACACAUUAAUAAAAUCACCCUCUUCGGUGGCACAAUCCAAAGAAGCUGCUAGCUUUGAACGCUAGCAACAGCUCCAUACGUAUUACUGCAUAAUGGCUACUUACUUCACUUGCUUUACAAGCGGAAAUAGUCGCACAUAAGAUCUGCUUAUUUGUUGAGAUCGCCAUGAGCUCUGUUCUUGAAAAAUAAAAAUAAGGAAAAAAAAUAGAAAACCUAACAAAUCAGAUUAAAUGUUUGAGUCAAAGACACCCCUAGUGGAUAGAUUAGAAUGUUUCUGUUCAUUUAAAUGACACGUGCUGUAUAGAAAGUAAUGCUUUCUAUAAUGCCAUACCUCAGCAAAGGCAUCUCUUGUGGAGCUUAGGCGCCAAACACUUGAAACUUGAAAUCUUUAACUUCUUUCUCGUUUUCACCAGGUGUCAAGUAGACGCUGGUGAGAGCUCAUUAUUUUGUAUGAGCUUUGAAGAACAUGAGAUGUAAAGAUUACCAGCGUGUAAGUCGGGAGAAAAAAUACAAGUGAUCUUUUUGCCCCGCUAAUGAAUUCUUUUGAGUCCUUACUAUUCCCCCCUGUACAAGAAGAACCACAUUUUGAACAAAAAAAUAAAUAAUACCUUAUUUUCCUUUUUCUAAGUAAAUGGAAAGAAUCCUGAUCAUUCACGACUUCGCUCUCUCAGAUAAAAAAAACAAAUAUUAAUUGAUAAUUAAUAUAUUUUAAUAUAUAUACUCCAAGCUAAAGACGUCAGCCACUGUUUGUUCGCUACUCAUCUCCCCUUGGACACACACAAACAAAAGCCUUGUUCAUAUUUUAAAUGGCUUAUUUACUCUAAUAAUGUUGAAAAUCCUAUUUAUUAGGUCAUAAGCAGGUUUUCUAUGAAAAUAUUCCAUUUAUCCUGUUCUGCCAAAAAUUCACUUAUCAUGGUUAGAUCUGGAACCAAUUAACCGCGAUAAACGAGGGAUUAUUGCAGGGGUGGGCAGACUACGGAUGGUGGGUCACAACAGGCCCCCUCAGCAACUUCAUCUGGCCCACCGGGCAUUUCCAAAUUCCUUUUGCAAUAUGUAGCUUGCAACACAGCACAUCAACACACGCGACACACAAAGUAACCUACCCACUGCACCGUGUGGGCAUACAAAUAAACACCCAUAUAUCCCGCCGCAAUGCAUGCAGGGUAGCUUGUUGUACUCUCCCAACAUUUUGCAAAAUUUGUAGAGGAGGUCGUUGGAGAAGUAAACAAAGAGGAGUUAACAUACUCUUGAUAUUCAAUGUUUCAUUGUUCAUAUUGCUGUUGCAGCUGGACUACCCAGCAUGUCUUGAGGUCAUUUGGAAAUAACUGUUUAAAGUUAUGUGUUAUGUUUAGCGCUUAGUUGUUGUGAAUCACCCACGUAGUAGUACUCAUUGAUUUAUGUGAUAUGUUAAGUUGCUGUGGAUAUGUUGUGUUUUUGUUUUGUUGCACUGUGAGCAAGUAUGUCGUUCUGUUUGAUGACCGCCUGUGUAUAGACGGCCCCUCCGCCAAAUUUUAUUAACCCAAUAGGGCCCGUGAGUCAAAAGGUUUGCCCACCCCUGGAUUACUGUAUAUGAAAAAUAAUGCAUUAUGUGUUAAUUAUGCCACUGUUACUCUCAUGUUAUUCUAUUGUUUAUGAAUUGACAGUCCAUGAAUGACAAAAUGAUUUUUUUUUUACUUACUACAAGGCCCAAACGUGCAUUGUUACAUUUGGCUCAAACACUACCCAUCUAGGCAGUAGCAAUGUACACAUACAUCCUGUCUCCUGGGUAACAUCCCAGUUGUAGAAGCCUCUCAUCCUCGUCUACCAACAUUGCACAAAUAUACAACGGGUGCAGGAAGGUGAGGGUACAUGUGUCUUGGUGAGACUGUGGAUUGCAUCUGAAUGAAAACCUGGUCCUCCCUGGGGUGAACUGGAGCUCACAGACUAUUCUGACUGAGGCAGCCCCUUCAUCUUUACAGAUGGAGGAGCUUGAGGUCUGUAAUAAUGUGCCAAAGUAUGGUCAGAGCCUUGUGGUCCAUGGGAAUUAUGUGCCAGAAGCCCAGAAAAAAAAUCAUCUGUGCUUACAACUGAGUACAGUGUAGAUAGCUGUAUAUAGUAUCCAUUCUAAUUACAUAUUCAUGGUGUAUGCCACAGUCCUUGAACCAGAACAAUCAUUUACAGCUAUUAAAUCACCACUUAAUAGCUAAUUACUAUGAGCUCUGAUUAGCCGUAGAUGGAAAUUGAAAGGGCAUUACAGCAUAUGGACAUCACCCAGCCAACACUCUAUAACAGGGUAUUUAAAUGACAUUUAUGUAAGCUAGGGUCUGUAUCGUAAAUGAUAACAAUAUCAUCAUGCAUGUUAGUGAGCAUCUGAAGGUAUUUGGAUGAGGAAAAGUGGAAAUGCUGAUGAAAUAAUUAUAAAACCAGAAGUAGGGUUGAUAUAAGCACAGAUAAAGGCCUUACAAGUUGUUGGACGAACAUUUCAAUGAACCUUCUGUAAGCUAACCUCCAAAGGACCAUCCCACCUCUCGACAUUCAGCCACCAGGUCGUUGUAUUUGUAGUUGUUCCUUUUGAAAGCUGCCUCCAUUCCUCCCUCCUAUGGUUUCUGUUGGUCCCUGUUCCGACUGAAGGGGACCACAGAAUAAUGCCUGGUCUCAGGUUGUUGUUAUCUCAGCCGGGAUCUUGAGCUGCUGCUGAUGGACCACUCUUUCCAGGCCCAUCCAGGUGUUAGCGGUGAUGUUUUCUCCCUCUGGGUGAGGGAGAACACAAUCCUCACCUUCUUGUCUGUAGCCCAGGUUCACCGACUUCAGUGGCUAGAGUCUUUUUUUUCUGAAAAUGUCUAUUUUGGAAAGGCUCUGAGGUAGGCCAAACCACUUUUGGAUGAAAAAGUUGGUCUUGGCGUUCAUCCUCAUUGCUAUGGAUGUCGUGAUCUCACGCAGUUUCAGGGACCACAUCAGGCGCUGGUAGAGGAUGAAUUGAUCGCACCAGACCUUAAGCUUCCCUGGAAUGUGGUGUUUGUCAAGCCUCCCGAGGCCUUCAGAAAUCUGUUUCAUGACAGUGGUAGAGAUGUGGUUGUCAGAUAGAUUGGGCGUGUACAAUAUUCCUGUGCUUUGGGCAGGUUGUUCUGCCAGCAGCGGAAUCCUUUCUCCAUCCACUCUGAAGGAGAUGAUGUCAUUCUUGGCUCCCUUCUGAAUUUAUUGUCAUCCUUGGGAAACACUGGGAAUUCCAAGUGCAUCUAUCCAUUCAUAUUGGAUGCUGCUUGUCCUCAAUCGGGGUUGUGGGGUUAUGCUGGAGACUAUCCCAGCUGACUUUGGGGCAAAGACAAGGUACACCCUAGACUAGUCGAGUACAAGAAUUCAUGUAAAAUGAAGUCAUGUAAAAUGUCAAUUUACCAUUGUAUUUUGCUUUUUCUGCGUGUGAAAUGUAGGAGACCUGAGUUCAAUUCCACCCUCAGCCAUCUGUGCGUGGGUUUUCUCCGGGUACUCCGGUUUACUCCCACAUUCCAAAAACAUGCUAGAUUAAUUGGCGACUCCAAAUUGUCCAUAGGUAUGAAUGUGAGUGUGAAUGGUUGUUUGUCUAUAUGUGCCCUGUGAUUGGCUGGCAACCAGUCCAGGGUGUACCCCGCCUCUUGCCCGAAGACAGCUGGGAUGGGCUCCAGCACCCCUAUGACCCUCGUGAGGAUAAGUGGUAGAAAAUGAAUGAAAGAAUGCAUGUGAAAUGAUUGGCAGGCCAAUGCCACUGUUUUGAAAGAGAGUUCGCUUAUUUCACCUCAGAUGCUUAUUCUGUCUUCUGCCCUUGCUAUCCUUUUGGAAGAUGAAAGCCAUACAAAGGGGAAAGCAUACAGAGUUAAUCUUUUGAUACUUGCUGAACAGAGGUCUUGUGAGGUAGGCUUAAGUCUUGUGCGAGAUGUGCUGAAGUCUUAGUAAAUAUGUUUUAGUUCAGUCCGUCACAUUCCUCAUUACUUCUGGCGUGGCGGCUUGUUUAUUUAUCUGUUUGUUCCUCAGUUCCGCUUGUCAUGCCCUUCUUCUGUAUUACUUCCUCUUUUCUUCUGUUCUGUUUUCGGCCGCCUUGACUUUCUUGCUCCUGCACACCCGGUGCUAAUUUGUGUGGUGAUUGUUUAGUUCAGCCGGUGGCGUCCUUCAUUUUAUUGGAGCAUUUCAUAUGUUGUCAAUGCCUCGUGCCAUCUAUGUGUGUUUUGGCGACAUGCUUCUGCUAGUUUAUUUUUUUCUGCUCUACAGUUAUUCUGUUCAAAGCCUUUUUACCUGCACUGGCUUCCAGUCUCUGCAUCUUGGGGUCAUUGUCACAACAGUUCAUGACACAGUCCUUCAGAAAAUGCAAAAAUACCCAAGAAUUAAUCCUUCAACGCUUACUGAGCUGAUUUCUCACAUCCGGUCUUGAAGGCGUUUGUGCAACAUGCAUGUGACUUCAAAUUGUAGUUAUCAAAUCUCAACUCAAAAUAACAGCAUACAAUUAGUUAUAAUUAAGUAUUUAAAUUCUUUGCGUAAUGUAACUUUUCAUGCUGCGCAGCUUAGGUUCAGGAUGAAAUAUGGUGUGGUGUGAAACUGGCACAACCACAUGAUGGUGAGUACAACUUACUUUGCCAAUUCCAAGGCCCUGCCAUCUGUCAUGUUCCAUUACAUUAAUAUUGGAUCCAAGUACCUCUCCUUCCCUUCAUGCUGCUCUUUUCGGCAUCUUUAAGGGCAAAAAAAAAUGCACCACAAGGUUUUUGUUUACCUUUGUGCGCAAUUGAGAUGAUGUAUUUUCGGCACCCUAAAUCCAGCUCAAACCUCAGACUGUUGACCGCUGCGACACGCGGAAAAAGCCCUCAGGCUGCGUCUCCAAGCAGGUGUAUUGCUAAACCUUUCCAUUUGAUGCAAUGUAAAACACAAGCCAGACGGUAAGCCUGCCAAGCACACAGACAGGAAGGCAGGCACUGGGGUGUUAGUGGUAGAAAAACAAAGAAAAACAGACUUGCUCUUCCAGCUUUUCCCUAAAAGCUUGUUAAUUCCAAUUUAGCUGUCAAUGGGAUGUCUGUGGGACACUCGGGUGUUUGUUUGGCUGUGUAUAGAAUUGUGUUUUUUGAGAGAAUAUGAGGCAGUUAUUACAGUGUUUUGCCACCUCGCACCCUUGCUGUGUGAGAUGUCACAUUCGCCAGCCAAUUAGUUUGAUGCCUGAUGAAAAGUUAAUUUCCUCUAAGUGUAAUGGGUCAUCAUUCUAUUUUCUAUGGGUUAACAGGAGAUCGGGGAGAUGAUUUUAAAGCAAUUUUACAAAUGUGAUUUAACAAGGAUUUCACAUCACAUUUUCACAUUCAUGAUAAGCUGUCGGGAUCAUGACUAACCAUUUGAAAAUGCCAUAACAUGUCUUCAGAGACUGCGAGGAAGCUUAUGAGAGUCAGUCAAAUAUUCACUAAAACAUUUAUCAACAGGCAGUGAAACUUGUAACUGCAGUUAUCAGUUUGAGUUUAUUUUGAAAUACACUUUUAUUCUCAAGUGCAAUGAACCAAAAAUUUGGCAAACACUAUAUAACUGCUGCUGUACGUUUGUUUGUUCUCCGAUGCUAACAAAAGUAAGAAAUGGCUUUGUGGGCGGAAUAGGUGUUUGUCGUUACGUGCAUUUUUAGCUGUGUUUUUCUCUGUUUUUAUAUUGCUAAAACAGGGGUCCCCAACCACCGGGUCGGGGUCCGGUACCAGCCCGUGGCACAUUUGCUACCAGGCCGCACAGAAAUUAGAUGGGGCCAUCUUGUCUCAACGAAACAAGCUCAGGCCUCCCACUGUUUCAGCGGGUGAGUUAUAUUUUCCCUGUACUUAACAUUUGCUUUUAGCCCCGUCGUGUUAUUUUAUAUUUGCUGUAAUUUUCUGCCACACAUUGCUGGUCCAUGGAAAAAAAAAGACCCAAAUCACACCGGUCCGUGGUUGGGGACCCCUGCCCUAGAAAGCAGAGCAAAGAGAUAGACGUGAGUUCAUGUCUUACAUAAUGAUGCUGGAUGAUGGACAGAAUUACAAAAAAAAGUGCAGUUUCCCUUUAAAUAUGGGCCUGUGAAGCAAAGUGGAACAUAUUUGGUAACAUUAGCCACAACAAUUAGCCACUUUAUUAGGGACCCACAUUUCAGGCCCCACCAUGCAUAUAAUAUGAUAACAAACUGCAAGGAUACAAUAUUGGUCCAGAAGUAAGCACCCGGCAGGCCCAUAAAAAUGUUUGACCAUACAAAUUCAAAGUCAGUUGCCUCUAUACUUUUGUUCUACCAUGUUAAUAAAUUUGUGUAAAAGGAGCCCGCAUCCAAUCAGUGGUCGACAUAGACCAGUUACUCGCUAUUCACUGCCCUUUAUCAACGUGCAUACAGAAAAUGUGUCCAUGUGUGACAGAGUCUGGAUUUUUUUUUUCUCCUGGCACUUAAUUAGUGCUGCAUAUUCUAAGACUCAGACUUAAAACAUCCUGGUAUAAUAAUUGAAAUCACCCGCCUCUGGGUCAGUGCUAAACUUUCCUCAUCUUUUUUGGGUUCCGUAGCUUGUCCGAGCAGUGCUAUCCAGGAGCAAGCCUGCCUGGCAUGAAUUGCUUUAAUAUGCAGCCGUGGUGCAUUAAUGAUUUACAUUCAGUCGCAGCGCUUUGUACCUCUUCAGAAACUAAUGUCGUGCUCACGUCUCAGGUGGGGGGAAUUGUAAGCCUUAUGAUGAUGUUCUAUUAUUCAGUGGUAGACCAGGCUUCUAGCACUUCCUUUUAAUGCUUUAAACACCCCUGACGUGUUUUAAACCAUGAUGUUGAACAUUUUAAAUAUAGAAAAUGUGGCAUGCACGCUCCCCUUUUGCCGUGAACAGCACAGGUAACCCUUAAUGGUGCAACUUUCAACAGGACUAUGCACAUUUUUGCCUGCAAUUACUGUAGCUCAGGGGUCCACAGUUACAUUUCUCCCAGGGCCAGAAUUUUUCUUGGCAGACACUUUAAGGGCCAGUAAUGUAAAAAAAAAAAAAAUUGCUGAUAAUAUAUAUUACAACGUUAUUGUUCACCCUGACUGGUCCCCUUGUACGAAGACCCAGUGUCAUUACCCACUGAGCUGUCCAGCCACUUCCAAAGAAAGUGCUGCAUCUACAGUAUGAGCACUUCUCUAUGAGACUGAAUGGUUCCAUUAUUUGGAUGAUGUUUGGCGGGCUAAGCGAAAGGUGGGCCGUCUAUUUCCCUUUACAUAUCUAAUGCCAAUUUUACAGUAAAACUAGCCUAUCAUGAUACGAUGUUAGCAAAAUAAUGAAAUGCAUUAAGUCAUUCAGUCUCAGCCAUUUUUCAAAAGCCAACCCCUUCAAUAAUGACCAUAUUUUCACUGAUUUUUCAAGGCACAGAUUAUUUUGUUCUAUGGUUAUAGUAUAAACAUGGAACCUACGAAAGAAAGAUUAGCUCCAGUCUUUCAUGAGAAAAAAAAAGUUCGUUUCUACCUUUUUUUGUUCUUUAGUAGAACCUCGGUAAGCAGUAGAACAUGCAGUCGGUUCAUUGUUGGGAUUGGGCGUUUGGGUUUAUAAAAAUGUAUAAAUAUGUCUUUGGUAUUGAAAGAGGUAAUGAGCUGUCUCUUUUUAUCUGCUUUUAUAUCUUUAGAACGGACAGAAAAAAGGCGUGUCAUAUAAAUAUUUUAUAUCAUGGGCAAAAUUCAAAAAAAUGCAGUUUUUCCUUUCACUUUCUUUUUCCUGAGUGGCGUGGCAACUGCUUUAUAUGCUCUUUGUUUUUUCAUUCUGAGCUGUUUCCUCAAUCUUACAUGAAUAAUUGAUGAUAGAGUCCAGCGCUGUAACCAAAUAUAUUGUACUUAUUUUUGAAUACAGUUUGAAAACCUUUUUAAAUUGUGUGGUCAUUGACUUACUACUCCGAUAGCAACGUGGUCCAAAGAACUGGGAGGUAAUCCUGUACGCAUUCAUCAGAAAACCUGCAUUAAAUCAGACAACCAAACUUCAAUUCAGUAUAAAAAAAAAUAGUAGCCUGACUUCCACUCUUUCAUGUAACUUGGAUGUAAAAUAAUCUUUACUUGGGCAUUCUUAAGGGUUCCAAGACUCUGCUGGAUUCUGUCAUCUUUGUUUAUUUAUUACUCUGCCAGAGGGGCUUAUUUUUUCCACACUUUUGGGUGUGUGUGUCAAUAGGUCCUUUCUUUGAAGUAUGCAACCUGCCAGGGCUUAGUAGUUGUAUUCCCUCGCUGUGCAGUGCUGUAAUUGAGCUUCCAAAACCUUUGGGAAAAAAUGUGUUGCUCUUUUCCUGAUAAUGGAGAUACGAGUUUAUUGAAAGCCGGAUCCAAAUCCUGCUUUUAGAAUUGGAUAAGACUUUUUUUUCCACUUUUCCCCCUUAAAACCUUCCUUUCACACAAUAUGCUUGCUUUAUUGCAGUCGAUUUGGUUUUACUUCGAUCAGCUGCUUAAUGAUUCGCCAAAUAAUUCCAAUAGCCUUUAAGUCAUUAAAUAUGAACAUACUGACACAAGAGUUUUGAGUUCCAGAAGUGAUAAAGUAGCAGAGUAGAGUAGCUUCUGCGGUGCCUAAUUUAAUCAUUGUGUAACAGUGUCUUGACUGAUGUAUUCAUUGUUCUAUGAUGACACUGGGAAAUCUCAGCACUUGUUAAUUAGCCUCCCACUCACAUCGUAAUUCUUCCUUUUUUUUUCGCAUCAGAGCUGUCUUUUUGUGUUCAACAUCAUAAUUUCAUUCGUACUUUGGGAAAUUAAAACCCCUUGAAGCAACCAUUCCUCUGCACUCUAUCACAGCAUCUGUGGUUUUUGGCAGCGUUAUCCCUGUAUGCAUUCACAAACAGCUAGCUCUGAGUGUCCCCUUAUCAGACUACUUGGAAAUAAAGUCUCCAGAAGAGAUUCCUCAAGCAAACCAUGCCAGACAGUCAUUGUUUGUCAAGUAAUGUCAAGGUGAGCCUGCACGGAAAUUAAAAGCCAAACAAUCAUCUGCCUCCCCCCAAGGUGAAAGAAGGAUAUUUUUGGAUCUGGUGAAAGACGUUUUGUCCCGAUGGAUCUGUGGGAUUUUAGCAGCACAAGGUCACAUUUUCUAAACAAAUAAGUGAACUGCUAGAUUGCUACAUAAUACUUCAGAACGUGAUAUUGGCUUCCACUUCCUAAAGAUUAUGCUUAAUUGAGUUUUUUAAGCCUUAACUUAGCAGCAUCUUUGUUCAAGUUGCAGGCUUCAUUUCAUCAUUUCGACCAUCUAGAUCAAGGAUGGGCAAACUAGGACCCGGGGGCCACAUCCGGCACAUCAAGUGUUUGAAUACGGCCCGCCCGUUCUUUCAAGUAUUUCAUUUAAACUUAACAUACAACCUUUUGAUGGUUUAAGUAGCUGUUUUGUUAUUUGAUGUGGUCUGUUUGAUGUGGACACUUUUACAGAUACAAUAAUUCCAGGUGGACUGUUACGUGUAAAAUAUAUAGUAUAUAGUAAAGUCAUAAAGUUUGCCCACCCCUGAUCUAGAUGGUGAUAAACUGUUCCUUCCAUACAGGAGUUGCCUCCUUGUUACUACUGAAUGAUGCUGUCAAUCAAUUACUAUGUUGCAUUAGUAGCAGUUGACAGGGCACCGCUACCAUGCUAACGUAUCAACGUCUGGUCAUUGUCGACUAUAAAAUUAAAGAGCUCUUUUAGCAUCUGUCCCUGUGACAACUACAGUCAGGGCAAAACAAGCUUUUAGCUCACUGAUUGGAGGUCAUUGGCUUUUGUGGCAAACAACAGAUUUCACCUUAUCCUUCACACCCAGUGUGAGCUGUUGCAUUGCACGAACAACUGUUGGAAGAUCUGUGUUCACUGACAGAUGGGUAAUGGCAGAGGAGCUCACAUUUGACACACUGACACUCAACAGUGAUGUAUCUUAAAAUAACUCUGGAGGUGCUCAAGUUGAUAUGUAUAUUUGCGUACACGGAGCAGAGUGGGCGGGCGUUUAUAUUGACUCAGGAAGAAAUCUCAGCUGAGGAAGCCUGUGGGAAAACAAUGCAAAUAACGUAACCAUCCAUGUAUUGCCAUUUGGUAUUCAGAUAGCAAUGAAUGCACACCUGAAUACCUACAGUAUACUCAGCAGCGGCAAAUCUGUUUACCAAAAAUCCAACCACGUAUGCAGGCAGGGGCUGGAGCCCAAUCGAGCUGACUUAGGGUGAAAGGCGGACUGGUCACCAGCCAGUCGGGGUGAUUUUCAAAGGGGGAUUUAGUGGUAAUGCAUUCUACACCAUCUGUGUGAACAGCAGCUCUGUGAACCACUACAUAACCAAUGGCCUAGUUUUUUUUUGCACAAAGUUCCAGAGUGUGUUGACUUUACACAUUUGGGGUAUUCCAUGCAGCAAGUGUUAAUUGAGCCUGUGAUGUAGAGAAAAAGCACAUCGAGGUAAUUGUAUUAGGUCAGUGAAAGCAAUUAACAUCUUAUUAGCUAGUACAAUAUAUCCGCCGUCUUAGCUGCACUGUCCCGAAGGUGGUGGUUGGUCCACUUUAGUAAAGAUGCAUGUUAUUGCUGUGGCGCCGGAAUUAAAGUGUGCUGGUCUUACAGUAAAUACACAUUGUUGAUUUAAUUUAAUUUAACAUUACAUAGCCAUUCAUUCAUUCAUUUAGUACUGCUUAUCCUCGCGAGGGUCGCGGGAGGUGCUGGGGCCUAUCCCAGCUGUCUUCGGGCGGGACUGGUCGCCAGUCAAUCAAUCACAGGGCACAUAUAGACAAACAACCAUUCACACUCACAUUCAUACCUAUGGACAAUUUGGAGUUGCCAAUUAACCUAGCAUGUUUUUGGAAUGUGGGAGGAAAUCGGAAUACCUGGAGAAAACCCACGCAUGCACGGGGAGAACAUGCAAACUCCACACAGAGAUGGCCGAGAGUGGGAUUGAACUCGGGUCUCCUAGCAACCACUCGUCCACCAUGCAGCCAUUACGUAGCCACUUGAAACUAAAAUCCCAAUUCCAACUUUGUUUUAAAUAACUCAAAAAUCUACUUGUAAUUAGUAAAUAUUCAACGUCAUCUUUGAUGCUUGCUGUGCGGCAUGAUGGGAGGUGAUUGUUAAUGUUUUGUACUGUUAGCCUAAUGGCGCGGAACACAAGUUUUAUAACACAAUGUUUUAUAAGGCAUGACUGUAUCCAGUUUUAAUGGCUGUUGUCAUUUAUUUGAACUGUGGCUUUGCUGUUUCUCAUGUUUUUCUUGUGCUUUGCAUGGCUCAGGCGGUAUAGGGUUUGCCCCCCUUCAUGACCAUGUGGAAGGAUCUGAACCCCCAGUUGCUCCUAGUGCCGUGUCAUCCGUGUCAUUGAGCUUCAGCCAUCCUGAAGUACAGAGGCAGCUCUGUUGAGCAAUACAUGCACACCACAUCCAGGACUAUG